AUGCUCUACAAAAUUAUACGAGUCUUGCCGUUUAUUGCGGCCGCAUCGCUGGCCUCGCCCCUAGAGCCUCGAGCAAACACGGACUUCACACUAUUCGCUUACGGUCCCGACAGCAUUGGCGGUUUCCCUGUCAUUUCCAUAGGCAUCGAUGCUAUGAGCACCAGAGGCAACUUCACAGCAACCAUGACUGACAGCAGCCAGAGUUUGUUGUACAUCCCAUCAACCUCCGGCCAAGUGGGUUUCACAAAUACGACGGGGGACUCUUCUCUGAUAACCACUGGGUUUGGGUUCUACGGUCAUGUUGUUUUUGUACAGAUUGGCAGUACAAUGGAGACUUCGUGGUACGCCAUUCCAACAAGUGACAGCGACAUAUGGGUACUCACUUGGGAUGAUGAUGGGGACGGCGCGAUCCCCAUUGCUCUUCGAAACAUUGCUCCUUCUUAG